AUGGCGAACUCGGCCGCGCAGCAAAUCUCGUGCUCUGCUCCCAGCUCGCUGCAGCAGCCAGACCUCAGCACGCUCCUUUCGGCCCCCGUGGGGUUGUGGGGAACGUUUACAAAGAGGCCCAGACCGGCUUUUGGAGCAGCUGAGCGCGGAGGCAAUCAGAGCCCACGAGGUUCGUGCCCGCAAGGUGAGCCCGCUCCCAGGGCUGCUCUGCCUCCGCCGCCGCCCCUCCGACCCCACGUGCGCUCCGUGCGGGACCGCGGGGCCCAGCUGAUGGCGGCCUCAUGGCGGUGGGAGGAGGAGCCGGGGCGGGCGGUGCUGCGGGCCGGGCUGGGAGCGGGGCGGGUGGAGCUCGGCGCUGCGGCCGGGGUCGGUGAGCGGUCGGAAGCGUUGCGCGUGUCUGCGUUGCAAGUUCGACAUCUUUCAUCUACCAUGGCAUCAAGGCGUGUUCCAAAAGUGACUUCCAAAGAAGGAGCAUCACAGUGCCAGGAGAAGCACGUGGUUCUUCUCAGCCCCGUGGGAAAACUGGAGAUAUCUGGGUGUGAAACAGGACUACACGAAAUUAAACUCCCCAAACUGAGUGUGCUGCCAAAUGGGACGGAGGCUCUGAUGCGCUGUGAGCUGAGUGGCGGUGUGACCUCUGUGCCGGAGCCACUGCAGCAGUGCGCAGCCUGGCUGAGCGCCUACUUCUGUGAACCCAGCAGGACACAGCAGCUGCCCCUGCCACCCUUCCACCACCCCAUGCUGCAGCGAGAUUCGUUCACCAAAGAGGUGUUGUGGACCCUGCUGAGGGAAGUGAAGUUUGGAGAGGCCAUUUCUUACCAGCAAUUAGCAGAGCGAGCAGGCAACAGCCGAGCAGCAAGAGCGGUGGGAGGAGCAAUGAGGAGCAAUCCUAUCCCGAUUAUCAUACCGUGCCACAGGGUGAUUUGCAGCAGCGGGCAGAUUGGCAACUACGGAGGAGGAAACCUUAUGAAAGAGUGGCUUUUGUCACACGAGAAGCUCCAGAAAGAGAAGUUAGCAGAUUGAUGUGGCUCAGCCACAGCUGCUCGACAGCCAAGGCACACAACUGCAGCAACUUGGCUUAUAACGAGCUCUCAGAGCACCCAGCAGAAUUCAGAAAAAUGGUAAAUAUUUGAGUGACAUAUAAAUAUAAUGCAACAUCCGAAGUGGAAUGUGUGGUGGCACCACUAUAUUAAAAAAGCGGGAUGCGUCCUGAGGGAUGCAGCUCGUAUGCCCUUUCUUGUUUUUACAUUUUACAGCAGAAUGACUGCAGCAGUCCAGGCCUGUUGUGCAUGUAUUUUGUUCUCAUCCCUGGUUCUGUUCUGUUCUAUAUUUAAUGUCCAUUAAAGCAAGGAUAAGAGAAUGAGAGGGGCGUGAUAAACGCAAGGCACAGGCAUCCCCCUGAGGAUGCUUCUGGGUGGCCAAUGGGCCCUGCGGCCAGCGUGUCCCCGGGCAGCCCCAUGCCAGGGUUCCCACUCACUGCUGUCUGACUGCUGAAAUGGUUUUUGAGUAAAGCCCACGUCGCAGUGUGUGGCGAGGGGCAGCCAGGGGGAGGUGGCUGUUGAGCUGCUUGUUCACAGAUUUGCUUUCUGGAUUGUGAGAAGUCCUCAAGGCAGGAGUACAAAUGUUUCUUUUGUGAUCGUUGCAAAAAGCAGGUGGAGCUGUAGAGGCCGGCAAGUUGCUUGAGAUGUUUAAAAUAAGCAGUUAGGUGAGCGCAGCUUGGGCACAGUUUUGGAUGGGGCUCAUCUUAGUUGCAUCGUUAGCAGCAGUAGCCUUCCUUUAGCGUUGCCGUUUCUCUGUUGUGUGAAGCUUUGUUUCCUGUAGCCUCUCUGCAGAAAGGAUUGGAGAGAUGUUAGCAUUGAAUUCUGAGGUGGUAUAGAAAGGGUUCUCUGAAAUUGCAAGCCACCAGAAACUGGAAUUUUCAGUAUGGGAAUCUUAAAUUCCAAGUUAAUACUGAUGCUGGAAAUACUGAUUUUUUUUAAUGCGUUUAUCAUAUUUUCAGACAUGCCUCUUUAGAAGGGUCUUUGCUGACCAAGAAAUUACGGUAUUACAGUGCUUUAGUUAAUGUAGUAUUAUUGAUACCUCAGAAUUACUUCAAUAAAAAAACUGCUUUGCAUG